ACAAAAUCCUCAACACUAAGCUUGUAACUUCAAGCUAUCAUCUUAUAAUCCCAUGGAAUCAUAUCCUUGAUCAUGGCGGAGCUUGCGAUUGGCCAAACGGUCGAACUCAACGACGGCCGAACAGCGACCAUCCGCUUCAUCGGCCAGACUGAGUUUGCGCCCGGGGAAUGGAUUGGGGUCGAGCUGGAGGAUAACGGCGGGAAGAAUGAUGGCAGUGUUAAGGGCGAACGAUACUUCGAAUGCGAGAUGGGAAGGGGGAUGUUCGUUAGGCUGGCAGCGAUUACUUCAAUCAUCGACCAACCUCCCCCAGUUACGAAGCUGGCGGGAGUCAAGAAGGCAGCAAGGCCAAGCAGUGUUACCGGCUCUGGGCUGGGGAAGAGAUUAAGCAACGCACCAGAUCCGGCAGCUGGGAAACGGAUGAGCAUGAAUGCUGCCAGUCCGAGUCCUGCGGCAAGGGGAUCUCGACCCUCGAGUAUGCUCAGAUCUCCAACGAAAUCCCCUACGAAGCAACUUUCUGCAACGACAUCGAAUGCCUCUACACCACGAACUGGUACCCCUUCCAACGCGAGAAACCCCUCCGUUACACUGUCGAAACCCAGACCAAGUGUUGGAGGAGGUAGGACUUCGAUGGGCCCACCGCCCCCGCCAGCAGCAGCACGUACAUCAAGACCGUCACUGGCAGGCGGUCCAAGUAUAGGGAACCGGACAUCAGCACCCCCAGCCAGAGCUACAAGCGGGCGAAUGUCACUUUCUGCACCCAAGCCAAGAUUUCGUCCUGGGGAACGGGUUGGGUCGAUUGGUAGCCAGUUGGGCAGUGGAAAUGCAAGUGAGGGUAGUGGGCAAGAUACAGGAGAUGAGAGUAGGGGAGCAUCGCCUAUCAAGAGCGAUCCUUCAGACACAUUAUCACCCAAGGCGGUGAGUCCUGUCUUGUCACGGACGUCUGCAGCGGAUCGACAACAUGCAUCACCGACUUCGAAUCGCAGCGGAGGAUCUCCCGCGGCCCAAAGAGCAACGGGGUCAAGUACGGCUGCCAGCCGGGAGAUCGAGGACAUGAAGACUAAGCUUCGCCUCAUGGACAAGAAGCGCAUGGAGGACAGAGACAAGCUGAAGACACUCGACAAGAUACAGGGUGAGCGAGACAAGUUUGAGUCAAUCAUCCAGAAAUUGCAGACAAAAUACCAGCCACAACAACAAGAGAUUACCGAACUGAGGAAGCAAUUGAAGGAAGCUGCUGCUCGUUUCGAGGAGGUUGAAAGUAUCCAGGCGGAGCAUGAUGUUGUUCUCGAGAUGGCUACCCUGGACCGGGAAAUGGCGGAGGAAACAGCGGAAGUGCUCAAAACGGAAUUGGAGGCUCUCAAGCAGAAGACCGAAGAGCUGGAAUUGGAAGUCGAGGUCCUGAGAGAGGAAAAUGCUGAACUUGGUGGGGAAAUGAGUCCUGAAGAGAAGACGAGUCAAGGGUGGCUGCAAAUGGAACGAAAUAAUGAGAGACUGCGGGAGGCUCUGAUGCGAUUGCGAGAUAUGACACAGCAAACUGAAGCUGAGCUUCGGGACGAGAUCAAGAGUUUGGAAGAAGACGUCCGAGAACUGGGUUCCGUAAAGGAACACUACGAGGUGGUCAAGGAGAAGCUUGCUCAGUCUGAAGCUACAGUCGAAGACCUUCGUCAACAACUCGACAACGCUCUUGGUGCCGAAGACAUGAUCGAAGAACUCACAGAGCGAAACAUGAGCAUGAGUGAGCAGAUUGAAGAACUCAAAGCCACGAUCGAGGAUCUUGAGAGCCUGAAAGAGCUCAACGACGAGCUUGAAAUCAACCAUGUUGAAACAGAGAAAGAGAUGCAAGAAGACAUCGAUUUCAAGGACUCCAUUAUUGCGGAACAAGCACGCCGGGCACAACAACAAGAGGAAGCGAUGGAGGAUAUGGAAUACACCUUGUCGCGCUUCCGUGAGCUGGUGACCAAUCUCCAGAGCGACUUGGAGGAUAUGCGAGCAUCUCAUGCUGUUACAGAGACGGAAUCUGAGCAGCUGAGCAGCAGGUCACGAGCUAUGAUGGAUCUGAACAUGAAGCUUCAAGUUUCGGCAGCCAAGACCCAGGUCAAGACCAUCGACCUCGAAUUACGACGACUUGAUGCUCAAGAAGCCUCGGAGCAUCUCGCAAUUGUCCAAUUAUUCCUUCCAGAAGCAUUCCAUGCUGACAGAGACUCUGUUCUCGCACUCCUUCGUUUCAAGCGCGUUGGGUUCAAGGCUAAUCUUCUCCAUGGAUUCGUCAAAGAGAGAGUCAACGGACAGUCGUCUACUGGGCAUGAGGACGAUAUCUUUGCUGGAUGUGAUGUUCUUGAUAAAUUGUCUUGGGUUUCUGCGAUGUGCGACCGUUUCGUCAAUGCCAUCAGCCAUUGCUCGACGGAAGAAUUUGCGAAGUACGAAGGUGCUCUGUACGAACUCGAACCCGUUGAACGAGCACUGAACGGAUGGAUCGACGGGCUGCGAAGAGACGAACUCAAGGAGAAGCAGUGUGCAAGCGAACUGCAACGCACUAUUGCACUGAUGUCUCACUUAGCGGAGGUUCACAUCUCAACUGGUCUGGCAAGCUAUGCUGAUGAGGUUCACAUGCGAACUCUUGUCAUGCAGAGCCAUCUUGAAAAUGCAGCAGCAGCAAUGUCAGCCGCAAGAUUCAUGGUCCAGACCAAGAUUCCAAGCCAAGGAGAUGAGGAUGAGCUUGCUCAGCAUUUUGCCCGAAAGACUGACUCUGUGAUCACACAAACUCGAAGUGCAAAGGUCAUCAUCAGCAAAGCUGUAAGGGCUCUGGAGGAUCUCAAGAUUCGGUCGCUGUCUCUUGCACCGGAUACUCUCCAGGCAUUCGAGCAAUGCGAAAUAGCAACCGAAGAAUUGGCCAAGUUUUCUCGAGAAAUCGGGUUCGAUCUUUACACUCUGCUACACGAGGAAGGGCGAAAUGAGGCUUUCACAUACUUGGAGGUUCAAAGCAGUGUCCAUCGUACGACCUUGGCCUUGUUCGCAUCUAGCGAGUCAGACCUGUUCUCUACAUACUCCAAUAAGCUUCGGACUUUGACAUCUGCUUUGGUGGAACUGGCCGCUUUGGCUUCCGAUCUCGAGAUGACUCAAGAAUUCGAACGAGCUUCCGCACCUUGGGUUCUCAGAUCCCAGGAAUUGAAGUCAUCAAAGACUAUUCCUGUGGAUGCAGAGGAGGAAAUGCGUCGCUUGAGGGAAGACAACCACGAGCGUGCGAGACUCAUUGCCAUGCGGGAUAAAGCUCUCGACGAAGCUUCUGUCAAAGUCGAACUCUUGGAGAGCCGAAUGCGAGAUGCUACCAAGAAGAAUGAGCGCAUCACCGAAUUAGAGAAGAAGAUCGAGGAUGCACAGAAGCUCGAGGCUGAAUUGAAGGAGUCAAUCGAGUCCCAGAACAAGGAGAUUACGACUGCCGAGGCAGAACGAGAGAAAUGGAAGAAGAUCGCCGAGGACACAAAAGCUCUCGGCGUCGUGGCACCGGGUUCGAAGGCGGGCCAGGAGCGUGCCGUUGCCACUGCGCGGGAGAUGGAAGCUCUCAAGACCGAGAUCGCCAACUUGCAAGCUGCAGUUCGCUACCUGCGGGAAGACAACAGACGUGCCCGUCUUGGCGACUCUCAAGGAUUGGAGUGGCUGGAAGCACCUUUGACUAAACCCAAGCCCAAGGAGGAGCAACGCAAAGCUCUUGUACUCACCGAAGGCCAGGAUGUUCUCAACGAACUUCUCAAUCUUGGUAGCACCGCGAAGAUAUACGAUCUCGGCACGAUGCCAAAGAACAGACUUGCGUGGAGACCAGCUAAGGCGACGCCCCAAUACUUCGUUGCGAAGCAGAGAGAAGACUACGAAGCGUGGAGUAGCUGGAAGGAAUCUGUGGUCAAGAAGGGCCGGGUCCUGGAAAAACGAGAUGCCAACCGAGGCACGGAGAAGAAAGCCAGGGGCAAUUUUGCUGCAAAGGUUCAGCUGCGGCUCCCGGAUUUGGAGGGCAAAGGUAUCGGGCCAGGUGGAGAGGUGGAGAUUGUCAACCCGGAUGAUUUUGAGGGAUUCAGGGGAAGGCUUGGUUUCGUGUAAUGUACCCAGUAUACCCAGAGAGAUACCCAGGAGUGCUCUUUUUGGCUAUUGCCUGUACAAAGUACAUACUCAAUGUUAAUACUUGUACUGGUGCUGAAC